UCAUUGUGUGGGAGGCAGGACUGUUGAGAGCAGGUGGAAGCCGCACUGUGUCGCUACUGCUGCUCUCUGCCUGCCUCUCACGAAACACUAACCCAUUGGGGAGAGAGCUGAGAGCGCAGAUCCGAGGCAAGGCAACUCCAGCGCAGCAGUCAAGGAAUAUUCAGCGAACAUCAUAACUUAUUAUUUUUUGAAAGCACAGCGUUUAUCCGCCUUGCGGCUGCGGAUAGAAGACACGGAACGGGUGGGAUCAUAAGUUGUCACCUCAUCUGAAUAAAUAAGUUAGGCUAAUGAAAUGGCAUUAGGUUUUCCUGUGAACGCUUGACUAUCAGGAGAAUCGAAACGCCGCUCAGCUCGCGAGGGAGUGCAGGGAUCAUAUUUCCCUACUCUCUGUGAUCGCAUUACUUGCUCGCAGCCGAUACGCUGGAAUGGACUUAUCCAAUAGCUAAUGCCAAGACUGGAUCUAUUUUAAUUACAUUGUUUUUAAAGACACUGCGUUUUUUAAAAGUUCGCUUCUUCCAACCUUUUUAUACUUGAAGAGUUGUCCCAAAACUCCGCGGCAAUGGGGGAGCAGCCAAUCUUCACCACCAGGGCCCAUGUGUUCCAGAUUGACCCGACCACCAAGAAGAACUGGGUCCCAGCCAGCAAACAGGCAGUCACCGUUUCCUACUUCUACGACUCCACACGCAACAGCUACCGCAUCAUCAGUGUAGAUGGAUCCAAGGUAGGGGUGAUCAUCAACAGCACCAUCACCCCCAACAUGACCUUCACCAAGACCUCCCAGAAGUUUGGCCAAUGGGCUGACAGCAGAGCCAACACAGUGUUCGGACUGGGGUUUGCCUCCGAGCAGCAGCUGGCCAAGUUUGCUGAGAAGUUCCAGGAAGUGAAGGAAGCAGCGAAGCUGGCCAGGGACAAGUCACAGGAGAAGAUGGAGACAUCGAGUAACAAUUCCCAGGAGUCGGGUCGUGAGACGCCCUCGUCCACGCAGGCCUCCAGCAUCAACGGGACGGACGAUGAGAAGAUCUCCCAUGGAGGGCCGGAGACCGCAGCGCUGAUGAGCGAGAACGACAAACUCAAGACCACUGUGGAACAGAGUAACACCAAUGCUAAGAAGUUGGAGACAGAGCUCCAGACUCUACGGGACAGUAAUGCUCGGCUGGUAGACGCGCUAACGGAGUCCUCCGCUAACGUAGAGAUCUGGAAGAAACAACUCAACACCUGCAAGGAGGAGAGCGACACGCUGAGGGAAAAGAUAGCAGAGUUGGAGUCUCAGUGUGAAAAGGCCAACGUGGAGAAGGAGAGGAACUCUAAGCUGACUGUACGAGUUCAGGAGCUGGAGACGGAGCUGCAGGACAAGGAACAGGAACUGGAGAACCUGAGGAAGCAAGCAGAGAUCAUCCCUCAACUCAUGGCAGAGUGUGAGAGCAUCACAGAGAAACUACAGGCUGCUGACGUGAAGAACAAGGACCUGGAGGAUAGGAUGGAGGGUCUUCAGGCCGACAUCGAGGACAGCCAGUCCAAGCAGGGCAACAUGAAGGGAGAGCUGAAGAAGUUCAUGGACGUCCUGGAUGGGAAGAUUGAUGAGCUGCACGAGUUCAGGCAGGGCCUGUCCAAACUAGGGGUGGAUAACUGAGGGAGGAAGAGACAGAGGAGAGGAGAGAGGGAUGGAGGGAUGGAUGACCGGUUAGAGAUGGAGGUUUUAUAAAUACCUUCAGGACAGGACUCUGUGGUGCCACGCCCCCAAAGUGGAGACCACACUGAACCAAUCAGCUGUAAACACACUACACAGUACAGUACAGAGGGGGAGGGAUGGAAGGGGAGAAAGAGGGGAGGGGGGGGGGGGUUGAGAGAGGCCAGGGCAGGCAGGGGAUCACCUGAUGGUUCCAUCUGGUGUAUCAGUCAGUCAGUGUUCUGGAACUAGAACCUAGAGUAUUCUCUCUGGUUACCGCUCUGUCUCUGUGGGGGGAGACAGGUUCCAGUUCUAGAACAGGUGACAGGUUCUAUAGUUCUGUCUGUUGUUUCUACAGGCUGAACUAAGAGGGAAGAAAGGGUUUAAAAGGGCUACAUGUAUUUAAACUACAGCUAAUGCAGUACAACAACAGAUACGUAAUGAUCCCACACUAUCCUCCUGGUCUCUUUAUGACAUGAGGGAAAUAUAGAAGAUAUAUACUUUUUAAGACCUGUCUUUAUAUUGUUGCUUCAUGUCGAUCUCAGGUGUGUUUAAAGACAGUUUGUUACUUGUUAGUUAAUAUGCGCAUACACGACAAAUACAUGACACGGCGGUGUCAUCAAGUGCCUCAGGAGAACCGGCCAAACUAGACGGAUGAUGACCAUGUAUCACCAUAGUAACGCACUAAUUAAAUAUUGCUAUGAAAAUUAAAAAUGUUUAAACAUUAUUUAAGGUAUCCUAGUAGUGUGACAACCACAACAGGACAACCACCACAACAACAACAGCCACCACAACAAUGACCACAACAGGACAACAACGACUACAACAGGACAACAACAACCACAACAGGACAACAACAACAUGACGACAACAACAGGACAAUAACAACAGGAUGACAACAACAGGACAACAACACGAUGGCAGCAGGGGGCGGCAGGGGCAGCCUAGUGGUUAGAGCGUUGGACUAGUAAUCGAAAGGUUGCAAGUUCGAAUCCCCGAGCUAACAAGGUACAAAUCUGUUGUUCUGCCCCUGAACAGGCAGUUAAUUGAAAAUAAGAAUUUGUUCUUAACUGACUUGCCUAGUAAAAUAAAGGUAAAAUUAAAAUUAAAACAACAGAACAAUAACAUCAACAACAGAACAAUAACAUCAACAACACAACAAUAACAACAACAACAGGACAAAAUGAGAAGAAGAGGAGAAAAAAGGAGAAAAAUCUUGUUUGAAAAAAGUAGUUCUGUUGAUGACGUCAUAAUGACGAGACCAUGAAGGGAAUGAACAGAUGUUUGGUUCAAUAACAGAAGUUUCAAGGAUUUAAAGGGUUUCGGUAAACAUAAACGUUUUGAAUCUGCAGUCAGUCUGCAGCACUGUAAUGUAAUGCGCAUAAGAAAUGAAGACGAGGCUCCUUUUAGAAAUGUGAAUAGAUGAAACCAGGACUUUAUAGUCCGAGGAGGCAGAGAAACCCUAAACUAUGCUAGAUAACCCAUUUGUAACGAGUGCAAUGUUUAAUGAGGAUUUUGCAUGUGUUAUAGUUCAUAUUUCUUUCUGUCAGUUUUCUAGAACAAAAGUAUGAAGUAUGUCUUUAAAAUCUGUUGUUCAUAUAGGAUAUGUGCUUCCUCUACUACUUUGGUCUGUUUGUUUUAUUAGUAUGGUCAGUGGGGAUAUUUUAGGGGGGACUUGGUUGUUGCUGCUAGCUGGGUGAACUAUGACAAAGAAUACUUUAUGAGAACAACACAUGAUCUGGGCCUUUAAAUCAACCCUGUGAGAUCUCUUCAGUUUCAGUUAUUUUGCUGAUUUUCUUUGUGUUUGUGCCUAUCACAUUUAUUCUCUCUAUGGAAGUGGCCCCAGUAGAUAUGACAACAUUACCUUAAUGUGUGGAUGUUUCUCUACAGAUUAUAUUAUAUGUACCCAUUUUUCUGGGCUCAACUUUUAUAUAAUAUAAUAUUUUGGGAGCGGGUAUGGUGUGAUGAUAUUAUACAGUCCCUCCGUUUAAAAACGAAACACACCCAGAAGUCUACCUUAUACAGAACGCAGUCAUGAUGAAUUGUAAUUGAAUAUUGUACUACAGACACAUCUUGUUGUGGGACAUCUGUGAGUAACACCAUGAUGCAAGUGGAUAGAUUUCUAUCACUUGUUUUGAGAAAUGUUUUCACAAGAUGGGAGUGUGUCUACGGACGGCCUGUAUAACUUUCCCCUGUUCCUCAUGUAACCACGACAUCCUCUGUGUGUACAGACUUCCAAUAGGCUGAACCUGAUCCAUAUAGCACCUUCUCCUUCCUGUCAAUCAACAUGACUCCACUUCUGUGACUCCUGGUCAAUAUUGUACCAUGUAGAAUUGACAGUUGUUAAAAUAUAGUUUAAUUACAAAUA